CUUAUUGUAAGAUUGUGUGCUUGAUUUGGUCCGAUUUUAAGUAUGCUACUUAUAAGUAACUAGAUUUCUAAUAAUAAAUAUGUAUCACACGAGAAAGUUUAAUUAAAUAUAUGGUGUGGAAUGCGAAAAUAACCGAAAUACAAACAGUGAAUAAGAAAUUGCUGUUCAUGCGCCUACAAUUCAGAGGGUAUACGUCUAGCGAAAUAUCAACUCAGGGAUUACGCAGGUCAAUGCAAAAAUCUUUCAGCGCUGAUUGAUAGAUAUUAAUGAUUUACCAAACAAUGAUCAUACUCUAUCUAGAUGGUGACCAAUAAGCAUCAUGAAAUCCGUGAAACUAUGCUCAAAUCCUACACUUUUCACUUUCAAAGGGACUUUGUAUAAACAAACGAACGGUUUAACCAUGUGAUCUGCAGUAUCUCCAAUUAUUGCAAAUUUAUCUGUGUACCACAUUGAGUCGUCUAUUUUCGCCAGCACCAUCAGAGCGCGUAUCUGGUUCAGAUAUUCAGAUGACACAUUUGUCAUUAUUAAAAAGACUCUUCUUUGAAAUCUCUCCAAACACAUAAACGCUAUGUGAGAACACAUCAAAUUCACUUUCGAAAAGGAAAAUGAACAUCAUGAAGCUUCAAUCUUAGACUGUUUGUUUGAAAGGAAUUCUGAUAGUAGUCUAAAUCAGAUCAUAUAUCGAAAACCGAUACAUUCAAAUCGGUAUGUUGAUUUCAACUCUGCAAAUUCAUUCAGUACAAAAAUGCCCCAAGCACUAAAUCUUUUCGGAAGAGUAAUCAAGAUGAUUACCUCAGUAGAAAACCAGCUGAGAGGAAAAACGAAUGCCAUCGAAAUACUAUGAAGUAUUAAUUUUCGUGAAAUUAUUAUUAUAAACAUAUUAGAACACAACUUUCCUUCUGUAAACAACAGACCUAAUGAACGAUGUUGGAUUGGUACUGUGAUUCUACUUACGUCCAAGGUUCAACAGAAGUACCACAACAGAUAUUAAAAGAGCACAAAAUUAAAACUUUCUAUAAGACAACUAACACUCUAAGAAACGCUUUAGUUAAAAUUACAGAUAAAACUCCAUUCGUUUUCAUUCAAAAUUUUGUCUACAGAUUAGGCUAUAUCGAUUUUGAUGCGUUGUUCUAUAUUGGAGAGUUUUCUCGUGAAAUUUCGACUGAUGUCAAAGAAUAUUUAAGUUACACAAAAAGACCUCAUAACAAUCCUAUAGAAUUAGAAAUCUUACAGGUUAAAUCAGCAAUAACAGUACAUGCUACUUUAAAAAAAUCAUCAAAUCGAUAUUAAAGAAAUCAAAUGAAUUCGGAAAGUCUGUUCCAACUGUCAAGAGAGGCGAGUAGUCGAAACGUUUCACAUAAUGCUAAAUCCCUCUGACCUCAUUAGGAAAGAAGGUCUGAAUAUUCAUCGAAUCUGGACUGUCUCUCCAAACAACCACAUUUAAUCUUAUUAUUUUGUUACACACAGUCUGAACAUACACACACACAGAGACCUACCAUUCAAACCCAUUACUUCAUAUUACAAAUGUGUACAUUUUUCAGAACAAUAACCUGACACACAAAUUAAUACAGUGAAAGGCUAUACAAAUUCACCAUUACUAAGAAUUACUUGACAUUGAUAUAUUCAGAUCUUUUAUGAUACUGAUUAUACUAAAAAAAUUCUGCUUUUUUUACUUACGCCUGUUACUCCUCGUGGAGGAGCAUAGGCUGACCACCAGCAUUCUCUAUCCAACCCAGUCCUGGGCAAUCCUUUCUAGCUCCUUCCAGUUGUCAUUCAUCCUUUCCAUAUCUGCUUCUAUUAUCC